AUGGCAUUGAUUGAGUUACACGUCAUUAGCCUUCUUUGGAUCUCUAUCCUAGGAUGUGUGAUCAGCUUGUCAACUGCAUUUGUCCUUAUCAUUGGCCUACUCAUCUCACAAAAUACUAACAUUCCCAAAUGGCGCUCGAAAACCUCUCCCACCCAUCUUCUCAUCGUCCUAGGCAGCGGAGGACAUACGGCAGAAAUGCUCUCCAUGUUACGACGCAUGAAGCUCGACCCAUCCAAGUAUACCUAUCGCACAUAUAUUGUGAGCUCCGGGGAUAACAUCAGUGCCACAAAAGCGGUAGAAUUCGAAACCCAAUAUCUCAACCAAUUUCGAAAAGCAACUGCGACAGAUCACAACUUUGCGGAAUCCUAUACAAUUGUGACUGUGCCACGCGCGCGUCGCGUGCAUCAAUCAUAUCUAACGGCACCUUUUUCCACACUCAGAUCCUUCUGGGCCUGCCUUCUCGUCUUGCGCGGACGCUAUGCUGACCAAAGACCGCUUCCAUCGUCAAUGGCCUCCCCUUAUCCGGAUGCAAUUCUUACGAACGGACCUGCUACCGCGGUGUGUGUCAUACUAGCUGCUAGGCUUCUGCGUCUCUACAAUUAUGCUAGGGGCUUCUUUUCAUUAAAGAACGCCUCGCAGGGGGGAUGUUUAACACCGGCUGACUACCAACUUCGUACGAUAUUCAUAGAAUCAUGGGCCCGUGUGACGACCUUGAGUCUCUCCGGUAAGAUCUUGCUGCCUUUUGCUGAUCGUUUCCUUGUCCAAUGGCCCGCGUUGGAGGGAAGGAGAGCGUGGAAAGGCAUGAGAAAGACGGAAUACGUUGCUAUGCUUGUAGAUUGA